UAGUAAGGAUACUUCAAAGACUGUAAACUUAGUUUAAAACUUUGCCGUUUUCCACCAUAACCUGGGAAUCGGCUUGUUGGUUGUCUGGUGAGCUCGGAAAAAGACCAAUAAUGCUUGCAAGCGUUACCAGUAAUAACUAAUAUAGUAUGUCAGAAACUGUAUUAACGAGUAGCUAAUGCUUGCUCAGUUACCUGCUAGCUAACAACGUUAAUGUUCGUUUUACAAAAAUGUGCGUCGCUUCAGCGCCAGCUAGGUUUAUUUAACUGGAAAGUUUUAACUUCAGCUAAUAGUAUUUGUUGCCUUGUAAAGUCCAAGUCGCAGCUAAAUGAGAAAAAAGAAACUAAACCUGCCAUUCCAUGAUCUAUCAAGUGCAGUGCAAAAUUAUACGUAAUUCGCCGACAGGGACAUUACAUCUUGUAUCGUGUCUAUUUAUUCUCAUCCACAAGCCAUGAGUAAUGUGCAAUGGACACAGAUAAACGCAAAUUCAGUUCAAACGAAAGCUUGAAAAGUUCAGCACCAAGUUUUUCUCCCAUAUUCGGUACUUGCACAGAUCUCUGGCACAGCACCCCAGUUAAAAAGAACCAUGUCAGAGCCCCUGCAGAGCCCUCCCCUCCGUCGGCCCGGCUCAGCACCGGGCACGGGACGUCCCGCAGCCUCCGCGUCUCCCCCGAGCACAGCGCCAUCUACAGGCCACAGCGCCAGAAGGUGACGACGGGAGUAGCGGUAACGCCAGGAGCGGCGGUAAAGGCGGGCGGCUCGGUGACGCCGGUAACAGGGAAUGGGUCCAUGAUGGCGGGAGCGGCGAGCGGGACCGUAGCGGCGAGCGAGGCAAUCGCCGCGGUAACGGAGAGCGCCGUGCUGCAGAAACAGAGGCGGGAGCUGCAGCUGCUGAUGGCCGAGCUGAAGGACCGGGACCAGGAGCUGAACACCAUGGUGACCGCCCACCACAAGCAGCUCCAGGCCUGGGAGCAGGACCGCCAGAGGGUGCUGACCCUGGAGCAGAGGAGCGCGCGGCUGGAGGGCGAGCUGCAGAAGCGGAAGGAGGUGAUCCAGGCCCUGACCAAGCAGCUGCGCAUCGCGGAAGCGCGCCAGCAGGACGACCGCGCGGAGCUCAGCGCCACACAGCUGCAGCUGCAGCAGCUCAGCCAGCAGCACCUGCAGUCCAGCAGCCAGUGCCAGGAGCUGGAGGAGAGAAACCAGAGCCUGAACGCCACCAUCCUGGAGCUGUCCUCUCAGGUGGGCCGGCUGCAGGCGCACGAGGAGGAGCUCACCGCCAUGCUCAGCCUGAAGGAUAAGGACGUGACGAAGGCCACCGACCUGAUCGUGGAGCUGUCGGGCCGCUUCCAGACGCUGGAGGAGGCGCUGAAGGAGCAGCGGUCGCGGGAGGCCCGGGCGCUGAAGGAGGCCCAGGAGCUGAACCGCCGCUGCCGGGAGGCCCGGGCGGAGAGCGGCCAGCUCAGAGAGGAACUGGGGGAGAAGACUGAGGACAUCAUCCGGCUGAAACAGGAGAACCAGAGACUGCAGCGGGAGCUGGCUGCAUCAGGGGAAGAUGAAAGCCGGAAGGAUGAGCUACUCCAGCUGGCCCGGUCCAAACAGGACCGCACUGAGUCCGAACUCCAGUGCCUACGCCAGGUAUGUGAGAACCAGCAGAACGACCUGCAGCUUCUGCAGCUCAACCUGGAGAGCGCGCAGGAGACACUGCUGCAGCGCGGGAGCCGGGCGUCGCCGGGGAGUCAGGGGGACCUGACCUCCCUGCUCCUGGACUGUCCCGCCCUAUCACCCAGGAGUGGGAGGAGCCCCAGGCUCACGGACGGCCCCUCCCCAUACAGGGCCUCCCCCCGUAUCGUCGCUAACGGAGACCUGGGACCCCACCCACGGUCCCCGGACAGUCAGACUCUUGAUGGGCGGCUCUCCCCGACGAGCUGUCUGCAGCGCCUGCUGGCCAAGUCUCAGGAGAUGGUGGCCAGCCUGGAGCUCGGCUCCGCCCACAUCCUCUCGGCCGACCACUCGGCACGCAGCCCCUCCUGUGGCUCCGCCCCCGGGCGGGGCGGGCGCGAGUCCGCCCAGGUUGGCACUGCCUGUGUAGAUGCUAAUGCCCAUUCACAUCCAGUCCUGAACCAUUGGGAUGCAGGAGGAAGCCAUUUUGUUGGCGGUGCCAAUAAGACGGUGUGAUCCAAAGAUGUCCGUUCUCCCGCGGCGGCACAGGUACCUCAGACUGGCGGAGCCAAUGGGGAGGAUCCACACGGGCGAGGACCUGGUCCCCAUGGAGGUUCUGUAGAGGGGGACCCAGUGUGGGGCGGCGCGGGGCAGGGCGGGACACCUGCGGACUAUCACAGGGGAGCAGCCGACCGAACCCAAAACCACCCUGCCCUGCCCUGUCCUGCCAGCAACAGUGGCCAUUCUCUGCACUUAUACAGUAUGGGCAGCCUGAAAACCAAAGAGCACAUUUGGCAGUGAUGUCAGAGUUGCUAAGGCAAUGCAAAAGUCAUUUUAAACAUGCGUUUGUGCUCACACAGAACUGGGCAAAUUUCUUAAGCCAGGAACUAGUCUUUGUGGGGGGUGGGGGGGGGGGGGGGGGGAUUUAAUCCAUUAUUGUAUGACCAAUAAGAAGAAAUGUGGCAUUCAUACUAGAAUUGUUCAAUAAGAAUAAUGCCUGGACUCUUGCCUCAGAAUUUGCAGUGCCUACACAAGGUUCAAACGGGUCACCAUUAUGUUCUCAAGUAAAUAUCUACAGUCCGGGUAAGGGAAAAACGUGAGAAGUGUGCCAUUUAACCUCACCGCCAAAAGUAAGCUGAAAGGCACGCAAUGCAGUUUGGUGAUUGGCGAUGAGUAAUUCUUCAGCGUCGAACUGCAUAUAUUGUCCUGCAAUUGACUGGUUGCCUAAAAAUGCAUUAUAUGAAGCCACUAACUAGACUGUGACCUAUUUUUAAUCAGUUGUGUUAAACCGGUUUUUCAGGAAGGGGGAAGAGCACUUCGUUGUGUUUGUCAUGUGUUCCAGUUUUGGUGGCUAUAAUCCUGCCCGAUUGCUUGAGCAGCUGAACUCUCGCAUUGGGGGGUGGGGGGGGGGGUUUACACUCGCCUGUUGAAAUUUGAUACAUGCUAAAUUAUUGACACUAAAGCUUUUUCUACAGCUGAUUUUUUUUUUUUACUUGACUAUUAAAGAACAACUCAGGUCCAAAUGUAUAAAUAGCAGUGUUGUGAAUUAUGCAAUCAAGAGAUUUGUGUUCUUGCUGGGUCAGAAUGCUGAGCUGAUUUUUCACAUGUAGUUUGCCUGUGGGGACAGUGAGCAUUUGGAAUUGUUGUCAGAAGCAACAUUCCUUCGUAUUGCACUGCUGUAGUCAUGCCAUUCUUCUAGGCUAUGGGAGAAUCUGACAUUUUAAAACUUUUGAAGUCCUUUUUUACCAUUCAAACUUUUAUGAGAAAACUUGUUUAAAAGUUUGUAUUUCGUUAACUUUUUAAUUGAAGUUGAGUGUUAGUAAAUUGAGAAGUGCUAAUAAUAACAAUAUCAACCAUUUAGACCUCUCUUUCGUGGUGCUAACAUCAUUUAAAGGUAGCUGAUCGUUCCAAACAUACAGCAUUCUAGACAGACUGCACAUACUUAAGUUAAUUUUAUAAGGGCGUUUGUAAAUUAAUUUGUAAAAAUGUCCAUUUUACAGUUUUAUAUUCUGUUCGCACUGUCGAAAUGGUUCAUACAUUAAUGAAAAAUAAAUUUACUACAAAACAAUAA